AUGAUUUGCGAAUUCGGCUUGUCCUACAUCAUUGUCAACGCACCCAUGCUGCACUCCUGCCUUUCUGGUAUGAACCAGAUGGAGGCCGAGCUCGCCUUCCUCCAGCUGGCCGAUAAAUGCCCAUUUGUCCGCCCCACUUCUCCACCAUCUUUUCUUCCUGCAACCACGAGUUGCAAUACCUCCGGAGGACGACAAAGCUGCCAAGUCGAUACCCAAAUUCGGCUGCCCGUCUUCCCAUUUCUCGUCGAAACCCGCACGGCUUGCGCCUUGUCCAUUCGUCUGCAAUCCUUUCUCGGUCAGCAUUCUCCGCCGGCGACGUUCGCGCCUGACCGGCUCAGACGUCAACCAAGAGGCCACAGCUGUUUACACCGCAAGGGUAUCGGUUACAACAACAGCUGCCAGGAGCCAGUCACCGAGACCCACUGCUCCUUCAAUAUGCACAUAGUCCAUCUGAUAGCGCUGGAUCACGUCGACUUUGAAAUCAUCCGGCCUAUUAUUUCAAGUAGAUUGAGCUCCGGCACCGCAUUUCACCUGCAACAAAGACACCGUUGGCCCUUCUCCGCUUCGUCCAGCCCAGCCAUUCUUUUAAGCCCAGAUGCAGAGAUGAGUUUGCCUUAA